AUGCCAGCGGCGAAAACCACAAGCGUCGUGCUGGCGAUUCCAGGGCUCGUCGACCUCGCAAUCAAGUAUGCCGACUUCCUGAAGGAAAAAUACGAUUUGUACAAGGCCAUGGACAAAGACAAGAGGCUCUUCAAGCUUGCCGUGAGAUGCGCCCAGGGUGAGGUGUCCGAAGUUCUGAACUUCUACAAAGAGAACGCUGCAUCCGUGACGGCGACGUUCGCCGACGACCUCGAGCAGCUUUCCCAAGCAAUUCGAGACUCUGCAGAAUCCAUCACCUCGCUGCUGACGGACGGAGAAACUGGUGUGCUUGUACAGGUAGGCUAUUCGUUCCGCGGAGCUAGAAAGAUUUCGAAGAGUUGUGCCGAGCUCGAGAAAUGGGUGAAGCGAUUCCUGGAAAGGGCUAUCAUCUUCCUCUUCUUCGGAACCUCCACCUCAACCGCAACACCUGCCGCUGGGCUGGCUUCUUCCAACACCGUGACAAGCAGAAUUCGAAGCAUUCGAUCGGCUGAUCCACCCGCUGAGGCGGAGAUCAAGUCACUCAACAUCGACACGGAAUAUGAUCACGACGAGGCGGUGACGCCAGUGACCAAGGACUCCCAUAUCUGGCUAGAGAAGAACAAGUCCGGGACCAAUACAUUGGGCGAGUAUAGAAAAUAUGCAAACUCGGCCGAUACCCCGGCCAUCAAUGCGACCCGCAUCCUUGUACGAGACCUGGCCGCAAGAUUGAGACAAGCGGAUCCUUCCACCAUGGGCAUCUUGAGGUGUCUCGGCUUCUCGCAGAACCUUCGCAAGAAUUUGUUCGCUCUUCAUUUUGCUUACCCCGAAGGCCAAACAUCGCCCAAGGCCCUUCAGGCCUUGAUGGAAAUCGACCAAGGUCACGCUCGUCCGGUCCAUUCAUUGACUGAGCGUUUGCGCCUCGCCAAGGGCAUCGCCUCGGCGCUUUUCUAUAUCCACGCUGGAGGAUUCGUUCACAAGCAGAUCAACCCUACCAAUGUCCUCGUGUUUGAGUCCGCAUCUCACACAUACCCUGAACACCUUGGUCAGCCGUAUCUGGUUGGGUUCGAUGCCGUACGCAAAGCUGAUGCCAGGUCCCAGUUGCUCCGAGAAACGGACUGGAAGAAGAACAUUUAUCAGCAUCCUGAUCGUCAGCACCUGAAGGUCGGGCAUGAAUUCACGAUGCGUCACGACGUGUACAGCUUAGGUGUCGUUCUCUUGGAAAUAGCGCUGUGGAGAUUAUUCACCGACCCACGUGGCGGUCAGAAGCAUUUGUGGAACAAAGUGAAGAAAACAAAAGACGGCCAGGAAAUUGAAGAAUCGGAGUUGCUCAGUCCAGACGCCCAGCGAGUCCAAUACAAAGACUUGGCCCAGAAACAAAUCCCGCCCAAGUUUGGCACCAAGUAUAAGGACGUCGUUCUAGCUUGCCUGGACGGACUGGAGAACGGAGAGGAGCAGCGGAAGCUGCAGGACGCCGAUGGCAUCGUUGUGGGAGUUGCGUACAUCGAGCAGGUCAUGGACAGGCUUGAUCAGAUUGAGCUUUGA